AUGCCCAACCAGAACAAACCUACACCCCCGCUGGACGAAAUCGCACCUCAUAUCCUUCGCCUCUGGAAGGCCUGCCAGACCGAUCGGCAGAUUAUCCAGGAAUUGCAAAAACACAUCGACACGACUCGCUACGGUAUCGGGCUUACCACACUUUUGAAAGUUCGAAAGACGAUGGGUCUUCAACGUACCCGUCAACAGCAUCACACAGUCGAAACCAUUCAUGAUGCAAUGCUCGAUUUACGUGCUACAUAUCCGAAUGCUGGUGCACGUGAAAUGGUGAGUUUACUAUACCAUGAACGGGAAAUGAGUGUUGCUAGGAGGGUUGUGACAGAGUACUUUGCUUUGUAUGAACCGGAACUUGUUCUCGAUCAGCAUGACAAGUGGCUCAGAUUCGGUCUUGGGCUGCAUACUGGCAUUGAGCCUUUCUCUGGUCGUAUAAUGUGGACUCGGGUCUGGCAUUCCAACCGAAAUCCGCAGCUCAUUCUGAGUUACUACCUUAACACAAUCGAGGCUCUCGGUCAUAUGCCAAUGGUCACUCAAAGUGAUCCGGGGUCCGAAAACUAUGGGAUUGCAAACGCGCAUACCAUGCUGCGACAGUAUCAUGACAAAGCUUUACAUGGUACGCUCCAGCAUCGUUGGAUGCGAACGAAGAAGAAUGUUAUGCCAGAGAUCGCAUGGUCUCAACUGCGCCGGCGGUUCACACCUGGAUUCGAGAAUCUUCUUGAUCAUGGCGUCAAUUCUGGUUGGUAUGAUUCAAAUAAUACCCUUCAAGUGAUGGUUUUCCGUUGGGUUUUCAUACCGUGGCUUCAGCAGGAGCUCGAUGCAUAUCAGGAUCGUAUUAACAAUACUGCCAAGCGGCACGACCGCAACAAAAUUCUUCCUCAUGGAGUACCCAAUCUUAUCUACCAUUCAGCUGAAGAUUUUGGAGCAUUGGAUUUCAAGAUUCAAAUCGAACCCGAGGCCCUAGACUUCGUCCGAAGUCUUUACAUCAAGCCCUCUCAUUGCGUGUUUGACCUGGUCCCAGAGGGUUUCGGCAAAUGCAUCCAGCAUUGCUACAAUGAUCUCGGUCGCCCAGUUAUCACACAACAAUCAGUCUGGGACACAUAUCGGCUUUUGCUAGAUGCCCUCCAGCUCGCUGACAAGUUACCAGGCGAAAUUCAGCUGCAGGAUGAUGAAGAUGAAGAUUUUGUUCCACUUUUAGAUGACUAUCAAGACUUACCUUCUCGCGAGGAUCCCAAUGGCGCCUAUUAUAUGGGUGGUGUGGGCGGAGGACUUGGCCUUGACACUGAACACUGUCGUCAACUAGAUGUUCUCUCACACAGUGAUGAGCCGGAUAUCACAACAGGGAUUGACGAAAGCUUGGUCGGUCUUGAUCACGCUGGUUUGGUGGUUUGGGAGUUCUCGGAUUGCGAAAGUGACGAUGAAAUGGUAGAUGGAUGGUGA